CCAGAGCAGCGGACGGUAACACACAACACAAGGAGCUUGCGAUCGAGCUGAUGAAGAUAAGGACCUGCCCUUUGGAAGCACACACACACAAACCAACACUGACAUCACAGCGGGGUCAGGGGAAGAGAGGAGAGGGAGAGCCUUCUUUAAGAUCACACCACAACCUCCCCUCCCCCCUCCUCCUCAUUGCUUCUCUCUCUCUCUCUCUCUCUCUCUCUCUCUCUCUCUCUCUCUCUCUCUCCAGUCUCCAUUGAGCUCUUAGAUUCUUGCUUGAGGUGCAGUGGCAAGGCGCACUACUACAAACAAGCUGAUCAGCUGAUGCUCGGUGGCUUCAGGAUCUUGCCAAGGUUUUCGAGGUCCCAUUUUGCUUCUCCCCUGGGCUUGCAGUUGCGUUUGAGUGCACCUCUGAGGCUUUGAUUGGCCCACGCGCUCCGUACUUAAGCUCUCCGCCUCGUCCAUGGCGUUGCAGCUCUCAAGACUUGCUGUCUCCUGCUAGCUGCUGCUUCUACUCCAUCUAGCUGAAAAGAGUGUAGUUGGUCUUGAAUUCUUGGUCCGGUGCUGUUGGAAAUGUUCUUGAGGUCGAAGAUCCAGGAGGUGAUCCUGCGCAGGAGAUCGAGGUCAAUGAACAGCGCCGGCGCGCAGAGGAGCCACGUCCCCGAUCAGGCCGCGAGCUCGUCGACCGUUCCAUGCGACGGCGACAGUGGCGGGGCCGGGGCAGACGCCGCCGGCAGCAAGAGUGCCGCUGCACGUGCCCUGUUCGCCUCCCCGAGGCUGCUGCACUCAUCCUCCCUGCCCGCCGGCACCCUCGCCUUCGCCAAGAGCCCCGCGCGGGACGCCGAGUCCGACACGGCCUUCCUCAUGAGCCCGACGUCCGUGCUCGACGCGGCUGCGGCGUUCGCGCCAGGCACGGACGGCGUCGGCAAGCGCCGACGGCCGUGGCGGGCGCGGGACAACAACGGCCUCGCGGACGCGCUGGACUGCAGCGACCAGCAGCAGGAGCGGAUCGUCCUCGCGGCGACGUCGUCCUCGUCCUCGCUGGUCAGGUCGUGCUCCCUGGACCGCCGCGUCGAGUUCGGCGUCAAGAACAAGAGCUCGUGGCUGCCCCUCCACGCCUGCAGCGGCAGCGAGGCCACGUCGCCGGCGCCGGCCGACCCGCGGGAUAUAAUAGAGCCGUCGUCGGAGGACUACACGUGCGUCAUCUCCCGCGGGCCCAACCCAAGGACGGUGCACAUCUUCGGCGAUCGCGUCGUGGAAGGCAGCGCCGGCGCCGGCGCUGCGGCGGAGAGGGAGGAGAGCUCGCCGCGGCCGAUCAAUCUGCCGGCGCGCGGCGACCGGGGCUUCUUCAGCCUCUGAAUGAUCCAUCCAUUCGCGCGUAGCCUGAUGAUGCCUAGUAGGUAAAGAAAUUGAGUUUGCUGAGUGCUAUUAUUAAGAUCAGCCAUAUUGUUGCUGUAUUGUAUUGGUUGUUCCAUUUCCAUCUGAUCAGAUAGAUGAUCAUAGAUGUUUUUCUUGAUCAGAUGAUGUACUAGACGUUUUGUCCAGGUUGAGCUGAAGCUGUGAUAUAAAUUUCAUUAUGUGGUUAUUACUAGAAAAAAACUGCAAAUUUAGCUCCCA